AUGUCAGUCAACGUGACUGCUUGGGUGAUCAAUGCCAUUGAACAGGACUACCGGUUGCCCCCGCCCCCAGACUGCCCCACCUCCCUGCAUCAGCUGAUGCUGGACUGUUGGCAGAAAGACCGGAACGCGCGGCCCCGCUUUCCCCAGGUGGUCAGUGCCCUCGACAAGAUGAUCCGGAACCCUGCCAGCCUCAAAAUCGUGGCCCGCGAGAAUGGCGGGGCCUCGCACCCCCUCCUGGAUCAGCGGCAGCCUCACUACUCAGCUUUUGGCUCUGUGGGUGAGUGGCUUCGAGCCAUCAAGAUGGGACGAUACGAAGAAAGUUUUGCAGCCGCUGGGUUUGGCUCCUUCGAGCUGGUCAGCCAGAUCUCCACUGAGGACCUGCUCCGAAUCGGAGUCACUCUGGCGGGGCAUCAGAAAAAAAUCCUGGCCAGUGUCCAGCACAUGAAGUCCCAGGCCAAGCCUGGAGCCUCGGGAGGGUCGGGAGCACCAGCGCCCCAGUACUGACCUGCG